AGCCGUGACGAAACGGUGAAUCUAAAUUCGAGCGACGCAUGAGAUAAAAUCUAGGUUUUGGGUUUCUUCUGGAAUCCGUCCGAAUCUCGCGAUCGCUCCCCUUCUCCGAUCUAAUCCGAUCCGAUCCUUUUAGGGUUUUGUGGGCCGCCCUUCCGUUCGGUCUCUCGCCGGUGCCCCCCGUCGAUCUUGGCCGUUGAUUGCAGGCUCUGGCCUUCGGAAACGAUGCUGUCGCUGCAGAGCGACGCUCGGCAGCACCAACCUGCGGCGCAGCAGCAACCGCCACCGCCUCCACCGGUGGCGCCACCGCAGCUGCAGCAGCUCUUUGGGGCAAAUGCGGCCGGCGGCCUAGGGUUUCAUAGGGUCCCCCUCGGGAGCGCCGAUCUCGACGAGACGUCGUUCUCUCUGCAACUGCUCGAUGGCUCCGCUGAUAUCAAACCCUUGAUCGCAAAACCGCUCGAAGGCAACGAGGACAUGCAUCUGGCGCUUGCUCAUCAGAAUUAUAAAGCGGGGAACUAUAAUCAAGCAUUGGAACACUGCAAUGCUAUUUAUAGGAACAAUCCGAAGCGCACUGACAAUCUUCUUCUCCUUGGUGCAAUCUAUUAUCAGCUGCAUGAUUUUGACAUGUGCAUUGCAAAGAAUGAAGAAGCUCUUGCUAUUGAUACACAUUUCGCAGAGUGCUAUGGAAACAUGGCUAAUGCUUGGAAGGAGAAAGGUGAUAUUGAUCGUGCCAUACAUUAUUAUCUGAUUGCUAUUGAGCUGCGGCCCAACUUUGCUGAUGCAUGGUCAAAUCUAGCUAGUGCAUACACGCGGAAAGGAAGACUUAAUGAGGCAGCACAGUGUUGUCGCCAGGCUCUUGCACUUAAUCCUCUUUUGGUUGAUGCUCAUAGCAACUUUGGAAAUCUGAUGAAAGCGCAAGGAUUAAUUCAAGAAGCCUACAACUGCUAUGUGGAAGCUCUGCGCAUACAACCUAAUUUUGCAAUUGCUUGGUCUAAUCUAGCUGGUCUCUUUAUGGAGGCAGGAGAUCUUAACAGAGCUCUCAUGUACUAUAAGGAAGCAGUUAAACUGAAGCCAACAUUUGCUGAUGCUUACUUGAACCUAGGGAAUGUUUACAAGGCUUUAGGAAUGCAUCAAGAGGCUAUCAUAUGCUAUCAGCAUGCUUUGAAGGCACGCCCAGACAAUGCAAUGGCUUAUGGAAACCUUGCUAGUACAUACUAUGAACUCAAUCAGCUGGAUUUAGCUAUUCUGCAUUACAAGCAAGCCAUCAAUUAUGAUUCAGCUUAUGUGGAGGCAUACAAUAAUCUGGGGAAUGCUCUGAAAGAUGCUGGCAGAGUGGACGAGGCUAUUAGCUGCUAUCGGUCAUGCCUUGCGUUGCAACCUAACCACCCACAAGCUCUUACUAACCUUGGGAACAUACACAUGGAAUGGAACAUGAUGAGUGUAGCUGCUUCAUAUUACAAGGCAACUAUAUCUGUUACUACUGGAUUAUCUGCUCCGUUCAACAAUUUAGCAGUGAUUUACAAACAACAGGGCAAUUAUGCUGAAGCUAUAGCUUGCUACAAUGAAGUCCUUCGUAUUGAUGCUUUGGCAGCUGAUGGACUCGUCAAUAGGGGAAAUACAUUCAAGGAGAUGGGUAGAGUUAGUGAGGCAAUUCAGGAUUAUAUUCGGGCAGUGACUAUCAGGCCAACUAUGGCUGAAGCUCAUGCAAAUUUAGCUUCUGCAUACAAGGACACUGGACAUGUGGAAGCAGCUAUUAAGAGUUAUAAACAAGCAUUGCUGCUACGUCCAGAUUUUCCUGAGGCUAUUUGUAAUCUCCUACACACUUUACAGUGUGUGUGUGACUGGGAUGAUAGGGACAACAGGUUUGCAGAAGUUGAGGGAAUUAUUAGAAGGCAGAUAAAGAUGUCAGUUCUUCCUAGUGUGCAACCAUUUCAUGCUAUUGCCUACCCAAUUGAUCCAAUCCUUGCAUUGGAAAUUAGCCGGAAGUAUGCAAUGCAUUGCUCUUUAAUUGCUUCUCGUUAUGGACUUCCUGCCUUUAGACAUCCCCUUCCUAUUCCUGUGAAGGCUGAAGGUGGAAGUGGACGACUCAGAGUGGGAUAUGUGAGCAGUGACUUUGGUAACCACCCCCUUUCGCAUCUUAUGGGCUCUGUAUUUGGAAUGCACAACAGAGAGAAUGUUGAGGUAUUCUGUUAUGCCUUGAGUCCAAAUGAUGGUACUGAAUGGAGGCAGCGUAUCCAAUCUGAAGCAGAACAUUUUGUCGAUGUUUCUUCCAUGUCAUCUGACAUGAUUGCUAGAGUGAUCAAUGAGGAUAAAAUACAGAUCCUAAUCAACCUUAAUGGUUAUACCAAGGGUGCAAGGAAUGAAAUUUUUGCCAUGCAACCAGCACCUAUCCAGGUCUCUUACAUGGGUUUCCCUGGGACGACUGGUGCAACUUACAUUGACUACUUGGUUACUGAUGAGUUUGUUUCUCCCACACGUCUCUCACAUAUUUACUCAGAAAAGCUUGUCCAUCUUCCUCAUUGUUAUUUUGUGAAUGACUAUAAACAGAAAAAUCGUGAUGUUUUGGAUCCUGUCUGUCAUCAUAAACGAGCAGAUUAUGGUUUACCUGAAGAUAAAUUUAUUUUUGCUUGUUUUAAUCAGCUCUACAAGAUGGACCCUGAUAUAUUCAAUACUUGGUGCAAUAUUCUCAAGCGUGUUCCGAAUAGUGCACUGUGGCUGCUGAGAUUCCCAGCAGCAGGUGAAAUGAGACUGCGUGCAUAUGCUGCUGCACGUGGAGUGAGACCGGAUCAGAUCAUAUUCACAGAUGUUGCUAUGAAGAAUGAGCAUAUCAAACGCAGUGCUUUAGCAGAUCUUUUUAUUGACACGCCCCUUUGCAAUGGUCACACAACCGGAACAGAUGUAUUAUGGGCAGGUUUGCCCAUGAUAACGCUUCCCCUGGACAAAAUGGCUACCAGGGUUGCUGGUUCAUUGUGUCUAGCCACCGGAGUUGGGGAGGAGAUGAUUGUUAGCAGCCUGAAAGAAUAUGAAGAAAAGGCUGUAGCUCUGGCUGAAAAUCCCACAAAGCUCCAAGCUCUUACCAAUAAACUUAAAGCGGCGCGAAUGACCUGUCCUUUAUUUGACACAGCAAGAUGGGUGUGCAAUCUGGAGAGGGCAUACUUCAAAAUGUGGAAUUUGUACUGUUCUGGGAGACAUCCACAGCCCUUCAAAGUGACUGAAAAUGAUACCGAGUUCCCAUAUGACAGAUAGUUCCGUGAAGGCGGCCUUGUAAAUAGGUAAAGAGGUUCAGCAUACCACAAGAAGUGUUGUAGUUAAUUUUCCAAAGAUGCACUGGGAUGUAUUUACACAUCUGUGGUGUGGAAGGGAGGGCAAAGAUAGCCUUAGGUUUUGCCCUUUCCAAAGAACAAGAUUUCUGAAGUAUUGAUAGGUGUGAAUAAGCCUCUACCAUCUAGUCCGGUCUAUACAUCUAAAUUUAAUAUUUGAAUUAUUUAUUAGAAAGCAGGAAUUGUAUUUGGAGGGUCUGGACAUCACCCAAUAUCUAAAAUUUAACAUUUAUAUUAAGUAUAUUUUAUUACAGUUGCAA